CUCAUUCCUCCUGAGGAUGAAUCUCAACCGCAUGGAGAGUGUGCCUGGAAGCCACUCAAGCCAAGGGCCACGGAGAGCAUCCUGGAAGCUGUGGCUGCUCUGCUCAAUACUGCUGCUGCUGCUGCUCGGCUGCCUCAGCACACUGAUCCUCACACUCGUGCCACUCAAGAUGGCCAAGGAUCCCUGUGUUGCCAAGUUUGGACCAUUACCUUCAGAAUGGCAAAUGGCAUCUUCUGAACCUGCUUGCUUGGACAGGAUGUCGGACUGGAAGUUGAGGAUUCUUCAGAACGGCUUAUAUGCCAUUUAUGGCCAAGUGACUCCUAACCCAACCUACAAGGGAUUUGCUCCCUUUGAAGUGCAGCUUCGGAAAAACAAGGAUGCCAUACACACUCUGACAGAUAACUCUAAGAUCCAAACUUUAGGAAACAUUUAUGAAUUUAAUGCUGGAGAUACAGUAGAAUUGAGGUUCAACUCUGAUGAUCAGGUUCUAAAAGCCAACACAUAUUUUGGAAUUAUUUUACUAGCAAAUCCCCAAUUCACGUCCUAGAGAUUCAGCUCUAUUUCCUCGUCCUCUUUAACCUACGCAGAGAUACCAUGCGGUGGGUUAGUGGUGCCACGUUUUCACUUUAUACAAUUUGGGUAUACAAAUCAACAGAAACAGAACUCCUCUGCAUGUCAAUUUGAAU